AUGAUCUCCGUUCCAAACGAGAAGGAAAUCCCGCAGGACGAUCCGGCAGUCGACGAUGACCAUGAGGAGCCCGAAGAGGACGAUGUAGCCGACGCUCUUGCGGCUGGCGGUGACAGCAAAAAGAAGAAGAAGAAGAAGAAACCCAAGAAGAAGAAAGUCGAGCAGACUGAGCCGCCGCGAGUGGCGUUGUCCAAAAUAUUUCCCAGUGGGAACUACCCGGAAGGUGAACUGCAAGAAUAUAAAAACGAUAACUCAUGGCGAACGUCUUCCAAGGAAAUGCGGCUCAAAGAACAGAUGGAGAUGGAGGAUCCCGAGACGACGUACAAUCAUAUCCGCAAGGGCGCGGAAGUUCAUCGACAAGUGCGGAAGUUUGCCAGGAAAUAUAUCAAGCCAGGAAUGAGUCUCACAGAGAUCGCGGAGGUGAUUGAAGACGGUACCCGAGCGCUAGUUGAGGCAAACGGGUUCGAGGCUGGUGUCGGCUUCCCUACGGGCCUGAACUUGAAUCACUGCGCCGCGCAUUUCUCUCCAAACGCGGGGGACACUGUCGUAUUGCAGCACGGUGAUGUAAUGAAGGUCGACUUUGGCGUGCACGUCAAGGGUCGUAUCCUUGACUCUGCGUUCACUCUUGCGUUUGGUAACGAGUAUGACAAACUGCUGGAGGCAGUAAAAGCUGCAACAGAUACAGGUAUAAGGGAAGCUGGUAUAGAUGUCCGGCUCGGAGAGCUCGGCGGGUAUAUACAGGAGACAAUGGAAUCGUAUGAAGUUGAGGUCAACGGCAAGGUGUAUCCUGUUAAAGCAAUCGCGAACUUGAGCGGUCAUUCCAUUCUUCCUUAUCAGAUACAUGGCUCUAAAGCAGUGCCCCUUGUAAGAACGGAAGACCAGACGAAGAUGGAAGAAGGGGAAUAUUUCGCGAUCGAGACUUUCGGGUCGACAGGACGCGGUAGAGUAGUUGAGAGCGGUGAUUGUUCGCACUAUGCUCGAGUUCCUGAGCCACCACGCGUCCCUUUACGACUGACUUCCGCAAAAUCUUUGCUGAACACAAUCAACAAGAACUUCGGGACAAUACCGUUCUGCCGUAGGUACUUGGACCGUAUUGGAGAAAGCAAAUACCUACUGGCCUUGAAUCACCUCGUAGCACAAGGGAUCGUGAACGAUUAUCCGCCCCUAUGUGAUGCACCAGGAUCUAUGACAGCUCAAUUUGAACAUACGAUUCUAUUACGUCCAACACGCAAGGAGGUGCUACUUUUCGCCCCUCCCGCCCUCACGGAUCCGCGAAACGUCCUCCGUAUAGACUUACGAGCACGGCACGAACGCGGAAUGACUUGGCCUUUUUCUCUGUUUUGGUCCGGUGACGAGGGGCCAGGUCUGAGUACUUCCAAACGGACAUCGACCCGAGCCAAAAACAUCACCUCUCCGCCCGCGCAUCUCUUGGUGCACUUUGGUGGCCCUGGCGGCCCUCUUCCGCCAUCCGCCCGCGUGGGUGACCCCACGCUCAAGCAACGCCAGCCGAACCCCUUGAAUUUAUGGCAGCUGGGAAGGCUGGGGGCUUUUGCAGCAAUGAAAGCCUCAGUUUUGAUCUUGGACCUUAUUUCCCACCAUUUAUGGGGACCUCGCCGGAAGUCGUGGGGCGUUGAAAUGACCCUGCUAUCAAGCAUCAUGCGUGAUGUUGGUCGGCAUUCCCACUUGGGUGAUAUGGCCCUUAUUCGAAUGCUCAUGGGCAUCGGAGGAUAUCUGCCAUUGCCAUCUGAUGCCCUUGUAACGCCAGUCACAUUUCGUGUGCGGAGGCGCAAGCUCCGAGGUAUCCUUGCUGAAUUUGAUGCAGUGGAGGAUGGCGCGCGUGAACUUUCCGGAGAAUGGGUUGUUGGAAAGAGAACGUGGCAGAGAUUACAAAGAGAAUGGAGAGCAACGAGAGCUAAUUCAAGAGACAGAGAUACAUCCUCCUCAAGACCGACGUCACAGUUACCGAAGAAUCAGUCUCGUAAAAUGGAGAGAGUAGUACUUUAUCUGCAUGGUGGCGCAUAUUAUGUCUCCAGUGCUGCAUCACACAGGUUAAUCACAAUCCCUCUUGCUAAACACUUGGAUUCUCGUCUUUUCGCAAUCGAUUACCGUCUAGCUCCCGAGACUCGAUUUCCUGGACCCUUGCAUGAUGUCGUAUCUGCCUACUUUCGGUUAGUCGAUGAUCUGCACAUUCCGCCAGAAAAUAUUAUUGUCGCAGGAGAUAGUGCUGGCGGUGGAUUAUCGCUGGCAUUGCUCUUAUACUUACGUGACAAUCAGUAUCCGCUGCCAGCGGCAGCAAUCUUGAUGUCACCUUGGGUUGACUUGACAAUGAGCUGUGACACCUGGGAUAGCAAUGCUGAAUUCGACAUCGUUCCAAGACCCAUUCCAGGAGAUCAUCUAAACCCUAUUGCAUGCUAUCUUGGAGAUAAUAUGAACCAGUACCUCACUCAUCCAUACGCUAGUCCUCUUUUUGGAAAUUUGGAGGGGUUUCCUCCUCUGUUGAUACAGGGAGGAGAAUGUGAAGUGCUCAGGGAUGAGAUAACAUUACUAGCACACAAAGCAACCCUUGCCAGCGUGGAGCUUGCAUUUAGACUGGGUUGGCAGGUACACGUCUUCCAAUCUCUGCCAUUUCUGGAAGCUGCGCGAAGUGCCUUUGCUUCAAGUCGGGACUUCGUGCACAAUUUCCUGCCUCGAUGGGAGAGUCGUUCUCCGAAAGGACUUCAGUACUCAACGGAAAAGAGCCUGGAGAAAGAGAUCGACAGCGAUGCUGCACGAAUUGUGCGUGGGGACGGUCAAGAAUCACAUUCGCGCCAGGAUUUCGAGGCAGUCUUAGACGGGCGUCACGUUGAAGAGCGAGAGAAGUCACAUGCUCGUAAGAAAGAGGAAUCGCCACCCGUUUUCGGCGAAGAAGAGGAACCUAGUUGGGUAUCGCAGUGGCCUACUCCACCAGAAACUGACGAAGAAGUCGACGGAGCCUCGAUUGUUGAGGCAGAGAAGUCGGUUCAGUCCCAAGCUGGUGAAGCUAUUCGAACCAAGCAUCCGCCUCCAAUGCUGCGACUACGGUCAACUGUUUCUCUAAUCGCGGAUGCUUCCUAUCGUUCUGCAUCGGGGUACUUUGAAACUGCCUCCAUGCAUCAGCUGCUUUCUCCUCCAGGUGAGGAGUCGUUGACAGCGCCGAUCUCCAGACAACAAUUCCGUGGUUCUACGCUGAGCAUCUCAUCCUACGCCUCUGCGCCCAAACCAUCUAUUCGUCGUUCCGAUCGUAGUCACCCGGAUAUUCGCUCGCUCGUUCAAGAGUACGCCAAAAGUGGACCAGCCCACCACACGUUGACGUUCAAACCCGAGGACUCACCCAGAUGCGGGCGGUCCAGGACCGCAUCGAUAACAAAUUGA